AUGAGAGCAAGUGUAGAUAUGGUGCUAUUCCUAGCCACAGUAUAUGACUACUUUUAUGGCAAAGGAAACUAAGACUAAGGUGCUGAAACAGAUUAGCAGCAUAAAUAUUAGCCAGAUCAACCCUAUCACGCAGAUAUGGAAAAUGAUACUGAUAGCCCAGACAAUGUAGGAGAAGGCUUUCACAGAUAUAAAAGUUUCUAGGAGUAAAAAGUUAAAAGACCAAGUCUGUUUGAUGACGAUGAAUAUGGUAAUGGAGAUGAUGAAGAAUAUAAGAAUCGUAGUAGCUAUCGAAUGCUGGCUAAUGAUGAACAAGACAGAUUGAACCGUGAAAAUUAAGAGUAAGGUAUGCUUAACAAUAUAAAGAACAGAUUCAAGAGAGUAUAUAAUGGUGCUAGUACCAUUAUGGUGAGAUAUGCCAAGCGCAGAAAUGACUUAAAUAGAUAAACAGUUGAGUAAAGCGAGACACUCACUAAUGCCAGAGAUUAUAUAGCCAGCAAGGGAUAAGAAGUUUCUACUAAAUUUACUAAACUUAUGCAUGCAAGAAGAGCUUCUCAAGCAAUUAACAAUAUGAAAUCGAAGUUUCAUGAGGAUUUCGCAACUCUAUGA